GCCCCGGCUCGCUCCAGGACUGGGAACCAGGACUGCUCCGAACAUGUCCGCGUCCUCCCGGCGGAGUUCCCUCGGGCCACCGAGCAAGGCUGCAGCUUUUCACCUUCUGUGCAUUAUUUCAGGUGUUUGGUCCAGUCAGGUGAUGGUGCCUCAGAGGGUGAGCGCCGUUCUGGGAAAGAAUGUAACUUUAGAGUGCCGAGUGGACGUUGGCUCCAACAUCAAUCUGACUCAGAGUUCCUGGGAGCGCCAUUUACCUUCAGGCCCCGCCACAGUGGCCGUCUACCACCCAGAUUUUGGCAUUUCUAUCCAUCAAGACUAUAUUAAUCGCCUGCAUUUUCGCUCACCCUCCUCUCAUGAUGCCACCAUUAUAUUGGAGAAUGUUGGAUUUUCUGACGUGGGGAUCUAUACCUGUAAAGUAGCUACGUUUCCUAUGGGAAACACCCAGGCGUCCACGACGGUCAAUGUACUCGUGGAGCCAAAGGUCUAUGUGUCUGCUGGGUCAACUGCCCUGAUCGAUGGAGGCAAUGAAACCGUGGUGGCUACCUGUAUCGCGGAGCGAGCUCGCCCUCCAGCUGAGGUGUCUUGGGAGUCCAACCUUUUUGGCCAGUCAGAAGUGCAACUGUUUGAUGAUGUCAAUGGAACAAUAAGUACUCAAGUGCGCUACAUCUGGCAGCCCACACGCCACGUCCAGGGGAACACACUUACUUGUGUGGUCCGCCAUCCGGCUCUGCAGAAUGACUUCAGGAUCCCGUACCAGCUGAAUGUGCAGUUUGCUCCUGAUAUCUCAGUUGUGGGGUAUGAUGGAGACUGGCAUGUGGGCCGGGAGAAUGUUCAGAUGGCAUGCAAAGCCAACGCAAACCCACCAGCUCAUCAUUUUAGAUGGAUCAGAUUGGACAGUGAAAUGCCAGAGGGGGUGGAAAUAAUAAACAGCACUUUGCUUUUCCUGCGUCCCCUUCAGAGGAAUGACUCUGGAGUCUAUAGAUGCGAGGUUGCCAAUGACAUCAACCUCCGCAGUCGGGAUGUGCGCAUCCUCAUACAAGAUCCUCCCACCAUGCCUUCCACCAUUACUGCUCCUGUCCUAACCGGCUCUUCCUCCACCACCUUUGUGGUUGAUAAGGGCCAUGUCCUCCUGAGCUCCCCCACCCUCCAAGCCCUGCCCGAGGGCAACCUGGGGUCCGUAGUGGGGGGGGCCGUUGGCGGGGCUUUGUUCCUGCUGCUGCUCUUGUCUCUGGUCGGAGUAUUUUACCUGAGGAAGCGACAGAGUUUUCCGGGCAGCCACUACCCCAAGCAGUACCCCAAUGACCUCCAAAAGGCGCCCACGCAGCACGAACUCCGCCCCACCAAAGGCGGCAGCAGCUCCCACAGUCGGGACCACGACCGAGAGGAGUGGGGCGACCACAAGCUCAAACUCGAACGUCGCCUCCAUAACAACUACAAUGGAGAGGAGUAUCCCGUUAACGGUUACACGCGGGCCAUGAGGGAGAGCGGUCGCCACGGCCUUCAGCAGAAUCACCACCAUGAACACGCGCAGUAUUCUAGUCCACCGCAGGCCCGAGGUACCAGAUACCCUCACUCCCCCAAACCCCAGGGAAACGGCUCCCCCUACCUGUCGGAUGACUGCUACGAUAGCGGUGCGGAGGGCGAUUAUGUGUCUCACACAGAUGGCUCCGUCAUCUCACGUAGAGAGUGGUAUGUUUGACAAGCUUCACGACUCUGCAGGAGCAGAAAU